ACAUUUCAGCACUCCGCCAACGACAACGAACAAACAUGAUGCAGCGAAGCCGCCGGCGAAGGCAAACCGCAAAGAGAAAGUCCAAGUUGCAGACGUUCCUCGAUUCACGCGUGUGGGAGGAAUAUGCCGUGGAGGGAAAGCCGCUGUUUACCUUUCGGUCGGAGGUGUGGUACGACGGCUUCAGCGACCCCUGCGUGCCGCUGCCGGAAUUUGCGGUUCGCAUCAACGCCAACGACGUGGUCCAAGUCGCCAAGAUCCUGGAUGACGACUGGUGGAUUGGUCGUGUUGUCGGCCACGGGCACGCCUGCCGAUACAUCCCUAGUCCCCAGAAGUGGUGGCAGCUGUGGUCUGCUUCCGACGCAGAUGCAUCGCCAAAGUCAACAGCAGCACGCUUGAAGGUCCUUCGACGACAACAACAGCAGCAGCAGCAACAAGAAGACGACACAGAUGCACUCGCUGAUGGCGCGUCGUCAUCGCAACAGCCCUCGCUCGCGUCCGUCUUCAACAAAAACAGGGCAACCGUGCCGGACGAGUUUAUUGCACACGCGCGCAACGGCGCCAAGUUGGAGGACUGCUACGUCAUUGUACCGGACAUUCGGCCCCUCGUCUUCUUUGGUCCUUCCAAGUCCGGUUUCGCAACGUCCGACCUGAUGCAACGCGCGCUGAUGACGUAUCUUGUCAAGUCGUUCCCUGGACGCGUCGUGUUCAUGGACUGCACCCUCCGGCGACAGGCGCAGGUGGUGGUGGCCACCACGGCCGAGGGAACCCGCAUUGCCGACCCAGCCACCGCAGACAGCGAGCCGUUCCAGGCGGAAGACGUGGAGCGCAUCUACCGAUUGGCAAAGGAGGGCAAGAUGGCGCUGGUGCAGUGUGACAGCGACAGACCGGACGAGCUGCUGCGCUCGUCGACGCUGCCGCUGCUCGUGCUCGUGCGCAUGAACAACCCCGCCGUCAUCCUGCCCAAGCUGGCCAAGGAAACCAUCGACGCAGGCCGCAAGCUCGGAUCACAGAUCGCCGCUGCCGAACGCCUCAACGCCAUGGACGACUCGACGUGGGAUUUGGUGCUGCGGCGGUGUCGCUUCGACGUGUCGUGCUAUGAGCUGGCCGCAUAUGUGGACGCGUACAUUGGCGAGUCGACGCUCGAGCUCACCAUCGACCCGCGCAUGCUGCACCCCGUGUAGAUGCGAUGAUGAUGAUGAUGAUGAUGAU